ACCGCAUCAUAUCUCCCAGCACCACCCUCGAUUGAAAGGCUGCGGCACCCCCUCCUCCCCUCCUCUUGUCUCGCCAGUCCUUUUUCCUCCUCAGUCAUCAUGCCUCAGGAUAUGCCCCCGCAGGGGGGCUACUUGCCCGUGCAGUACAAGCGCAACAUCCCUGCCCGUGGCUUCCGCCCCAUCUACUACCUGAUCGGUAUGCACCUGAUCAUGGGCUACGGAUACUACAAGCUCUUCUACGGUGUCCGUGAACAAUACGAACUCGCCCGUGAGAAGAUGUGGGGCCGUAUACACAUCAUGCCUCUUCUCCAGGCCGAGGAGGACCGUGACCAGGCUCGUCGCUACUUCGCCGACAAGGCUCGUGAGAAGGAACUCCUUGGCACGGACGCCAAGAUCUACAACUCGGACCGCUUCGUCCGCCCUACCUUCACUUAUACCCCCAGCAAGGUCACUCAAUAAGCGCUUGGAAGAUUAUAAAAUUUUGCGCAAAUGAUGGGUUCGGAGUAUUCAGUUAUGGGCGUGUAGGCUGCGGUUCCGUGAGAAUCAACAGGUGCACCGGGUUAGUCAAGAAGAGCUACUAUUGUAUGUUGUAGAUAUACCAAACCAAAGAGACCGGCCAGUUCCGCAAUGCGUUUUCAGUGUUUUGUAU